AUGGAUCCUCUCAUCUCAGCCUUCAGCGGUCUUGUGCUCGCAGUGACGUUGGCGUUGUUCGUGUACCGAAGGUCGCCUAAGAGCAACCUUCCUUUCCCUCCUGGCCCAAAGCCUAAAUUCUUUUCUGGGAACGUGGAUGACAUACCGAAAACCUAUCCAUGGCUCGGCUACGCUGCUAUGGCCAAGGAGUAUGGUCCUUUGAUCCACCUGAAAGUCGGGAUGCGACGCAACAUGCUCGUUAUCAACAGCGCCCAGGUCGCGUCAGAUCUUCUCGAAUCUCGCUCAGGCAUAUACUCCGACAGACCAAAGCAGUGGAUGUAUGGCGUCCUCGCAAACCGCCUCUUGAACGUGUUCAACAUCUCCAUCCAGCACUCGCGCUUCCGGCGCUACCGCAAGUUGAUGAACAGCGGCCUUAACUCGCGGGCCACGCAGGGAUAUGCACCUUUGAUGGAGUCUGAAGUCAAGACGCUGUUGCGUGCGCUGUACACGAAACCGGAAGAGCUCUCCGCACACGUGCGCAGGAAUGCGGGAGCAGUAAUUUUGAAGGUCGCGUAUGGUUGGGAGGUCAAGACGAACGACGACCGCUUCGUGACGAUGAUGGAGAAGGCAGUCAAGAUGAACGUAGAGGCAAACACCCCCGGAAAGUGGCUUGUCGAGGAUUUGCCCGCCCUGCGUUACGUUCCCUCGUGGUUUCCCGGUGCAUAUUUCCAGAGACGUGCGCGAUAUUUCAAGGAGCAGCUGAGCCAAAUUGAUACUGUGCCCUUCGAGUGGGUCAAGAAGCAAAUGGCAUCCGGUUCAUAUAUCGACUCCUUUACUUCUCGUAUGCUUCAGCCUGACGAUGGCAAUACCCCGAAUGCUGAAGAGCAGGACAUCAUCAAAUGGUGCAGCGGUGCUCUCUAUGCCGGUGGUGCCGACACCACUGUCUCCGCGUUGGCGUCGUUUGUUGCGGCCAUGGCACUGUAUCCUGAAAUCCAAGAGCGCGCGCGAGCGGAGGUCGAUUCGGUCGUCGGACGCGACCGCCUCCCGACCAUCGAGGAUGUCCCGCAUCUGCACUACGUCAAUGCUGUGGUCAAGGAAGUGCUACGAUGGGCUCCUGUGGCUCCGAUGGGCUUGCCACAUCGACUCACGCAGGAUGAUGUCUACCAAGGUCAAUUUAUCCCUGCGGACACUACUGUCCACGCAAAUAUCUGGGCGAUUUUGCAUGACCCCGCCCUGUAUCCGGAACCUGAAAAAUUCAACCCUGAACGUCACCUCGGCGAACACCCACAGCCCGACCCGCGCAAAUACGCGUUUGGAUUCAGUCGCCGUGUGUGCCCAGGUGCCCAUUUCGCGGAAACUUCGUUGACCUUUACCACUUCCUCGGUCUUGUCUUCUUUGAUUAUUUCGAAGAAGAAGGAUGCCAACGGCAAGGUGAUUGAGCCGAUUGUCGAGUUCACGAGCAGUGUUACCAGCCACUUGAAGCCUUCAUUCCAGUGCGAUAUCGUCCCUCGCUCUGCAGGUGCUCGGGCUCUGAUCGAGGAUGAUGACGCGUAGAGACUUUGCGGCUCGUCUGAUUUAACACCUAUGCAUACACUUUCGUUUAGUAUAUCGAGCCUAUCGUUUUCGCUAGCAUUUUUUCGAGGCUUUGGAUCCUAGCUAGUGGUGCUUCCAAGGAUUAAUGCUUAUAGGCUCCUCGUGAGUUUCUCUGUCUCU